ACUACUGAAUGGAUGACAAGUGUGCAAGUGGAUUACGACUUAUGAAAUCAAUUCAACUCAUUGAUCCAAUUACUUCAUAGAACUCUGGAGACUGGUGCUGUUAUUUUAUUUUACCUCGUUCAUCAGAUUUUGUAACGCAACGAUGCAUUUCUCUAGUAAGCAAUAUCACACUACCUGUCCUUACAUCUCACCCAUAUGUCGACGCUUUUACUGUGUAAAACAGUAUGAGCUGUAAUUGAGGAUUCACGUCGAUGCACUGUGACAUUUAUUUGUCAUCGAUGUUCACUAGAUUACGGGGCCUAAUGCAGCAGAUGCCACUGACACAAAGUUAAAUGGGUAACUAUCUAAAUUAGUUCUGCAGUACAGUAUUCCAGAUAUGUUACUUUCUUGGAACGACGAAACGGCAUAAGGCAUAGUUGUGUAUCAUUUUCUAACUGUCAUUUGUAACUCAGUAAACUCUUCUAAUGUAGUCUACUGAGAAAACGUGGAAAUUUCACCCGAAACGUAACCCCUGGUUUCAAACUCACAUCCACCAGUUUCAGCUGCCAACGUACUACGAAAUGUUUUCGUAAGUAUCAUAUCACUGUUUAAUUGUUUAUCCAGAUAGCAGUCUUUAAUGCAUUGUCAAUAUAGAUCUCAUCUCACAUAAGCUGCCAUGAAAACAGUAGUCGUAUAUUCCAAGUCAGAAGAAAUUUCCGAAACCAGUUAUUGUGUCUUAUAUGACUACCUUUAACUUUGUCUGCUCUCACCUUCUCAACCAUUUCUAGAGUCUUGACAUCAGUUUUCGACACAUACAUUUUCCUUUAGCUCUCAUAUAUUGAAGAUUGUGAGAAUGACUGGUUCGUUUCAUUUAGAAGUGUGAUAAAACUUUAAUCACAUGAAUUUCAUUUUUUUAUAGUUAUAAUAGUCCUCUUUUGAUGAAACCAGAUAAAUUCGACAGCCCACAGCAUUGCAUUACUCAUAUUAGUUGACGUAAUCGUGCAAAUCAUUCAUCCCGCUGAGACCUCAAGUCUCUUUUUCCAAAGACUUUACAGCUGUGGACGACAGCUGCCUUGAAUGUAAGCCUGUGUUACUUCAGUUUUUGUUUUCACAGUGAAAUUUCCGCACAGUUUCCAAGACUGGCUUGAUUCUACAAGUAUACUGUGUGGUUGAUACUAAAUUCGUACUAGAAAUUUUAUUUCUUCAUUCGUGUGUUUACACUACCACAUGUAACUUACGAAUAGUCGUUGAUGACACUCUUGAAGUCAAUUCUCAUUCAGAUUAACAGAUAUAUACAAGGGGUUUUAAUAUGGACACAUGGGACUUACUGUCAUCUCGGAUCAGCCAAUCACAAAAGUUAAUCGAGCAUCUUGUUGGCUGGAAACAUAUCGGGCACCACAGAAAUCGGUGAACAAGUUGAAAUACGUUGUUGCCAGUCACGGUAAGAAUGUCAGAUGCCUAUUAUCUCAUCUUGAAAUACUUGAUGACUGAAAGCGAACACGAUUAUGAUAGUCACAGAAGAAAAGAUUUAGGGCUGUCAUCGAGAAGAAUUGAUAAAACUCUUAUUUGAAUCAUCCCUGAAGUUGUGUAUGCAGUUGUUGUUUGGAAACACCGUAAAAUCUCACUCACCAACUGUUUUGAGACCAUGUAGAUAACAUGAAACCUUAGCUUUGGAAUAUACCUUCUCUACUUUGAUGCAACCAUGAGACUACUUCUGGUUCUGUGUUACCUGAUGCGAUUCAGAGACAUCUUACGGAAAUUAACUAAUAGAUGUGGGUUAAGCAAGAGUAUCGUUGCUUUGUUGUGUACUGCAUCAUGCUAACAUGAAUUGUCAUUCAGUCUAGUCGGGCAGUCUGAUGCAACUAUAGGCUGCCAUAUAAAUAAGUGUCUACCUUUUCAAAUAAUGCUGUAAAAGGUGGAUAGGUUAUGAGGAACAUUGAAAUCUUCAGCACCUUUAGUCCUCCGACAUGUCAUUUUCCUAAUCUAUCACGUCUAUCAGGCAUAUUUUGAUGGGCAAAAUCAUGCUUGAAGUAAACUUGAUGGAGAUGCUUCACUUCGCAACACAGUGGCUGGAAAAUGCUGAAAACGGUUUCUCAUGACUUAUUGAGGAAAAUUGUAGCAUAGAGUGAAUCGCAUCUGCACACCAAUCAGUUCUCACCUCAGUUUCUCAAAAGACUAAGUCUAAUAGUCUAUGUCUGUGAAAUAAUUCAUCGAGUGAUCAUUGUGUGAAUUGUCAGCUGAUAUAACGGAAACAAAUAGACUUGUAUGUAACACAGUCUGCUUCAUGUACCGAAAUAACACUGAUACAAUCGUAAUUUUUGUGCCUUCAAGCACUAAGCAUUUAUAAGAGUUUAGGAUCAGAAAUAUAUCUCAAAUAUACUAGCUAUUUAUCAUUAGCCCUAUACUAACAUGCAUAUUAACAGUUACUAUCAAAUUAUCAAUCAAAAGGUGAUGACAGUUUUACUUUUUAUUAGUCAUGAGGAUAAUCAGUUCGAGAUAUUAGGGUAUAAAUAAUAAAUUGAGUCAUUAUGCGUAGUAUAAAAUUGCAAUUGUGCCAAUAUGAAACAAUUUGUUUUUGACAAACUGCUGAUGAGGUAAAUGAAGUGUAUAUGCAGCUCACACGACAACAUUACAUUGCUAUGGUUGCAGUGCUAUGUUUCUGGCACAUAACUAGUAGUUACUGUUUUUCAGAAAACUUCAAUAAAUUGACAAGACAAAACCAUCGAAUAUUUUUAAACGCUUACCAACUGAUACUACAAGACAUUAACAGUCAGAUUUGAUAUGUGAAGUGAUCACAUCGUUUAUUCAGACUGUAUUCACUUCUGCUUAACUAUUUGAGGAAAAUACUCGUAAGGCUACAGAACUACACAGCAUAUUGUCAGUUUCUUUGAUGACACUAAGAAGGUGAUUCUACUAAUUAAUUAUGGUGAAGUCCAUUUUUCAAACAGCUUACAAGUCAUUGAAGUCAACAGUGGAAUUAUACGUAUUUGCAUUAGUGAUGGCUGAAUGCCUAUGCCAAUGAAUCAGGCCAUCAAGCUGUCAGUGUGUUAUGGUAAUGUCUGUGGUUGUGCGAGCCACUCUUAAAUUAGGACGACCAGUUAGCAUCGCGAUUAUAAAUCAAGGUUGAAAAUAGGUAAGUGUAAAAUAUUUCGAAUUAUCUUUGCUCAGUUUGAAAUCGCAUGAAUUUUAGCAGAAGUUUAUUUUUGUGUAGAGAUCCUUAUGCUUAUAUUUGAGAAUGCUCAGUGCGUUUCGAAUGUGAGUGUUCUGUCACUGUCGAUGUCAUCCUACGCAAGUGUGCACAUUCAUACACCCAUCCUCACACCAAUGUUGACAAGUUACUCCACCUUAACAAGAUCUAAAAAGCUUUGCGAUUGCAUAUUUCAACUUAACUCUAAGUUGUCUUAUUGACAUGCAUCACUGAAAGGAGUCUUUAGUGAUUUUGAGAGGACUGCAUCACAGUGAAGGUGGAGAGAUCCUUGAUCAAUUCAGCCACAUGAUUGGUGCCGUGAACUGCUGCAUAGCCAUUCUGUUUAUGAUGUCAGGAAACACUGAACUAGCCCUGAAGAAGUGGUGGACACAAGCUUCCAAUUAAUCACACCAGCAAACGAAAUCCUACCUCACUGGGUAGAAUGUGAAUUGAUUCGAGUCAGUAAUUAGUGAAAUUCUCACGGAGAGAAAUCAAGAUUAUGCGUGCACAAAGUCUGUUUGCAGUCAUUGAUUGGUGGAAUCAGAGAGGGUGCAUGAACCGACUGACAACUGAUGAGUAGCUGAUAGAUUUUAAAAAGUGCUGACAUUGAAAUAAACUUAUGCAGUGGCAGUGGAUGGUCACAACGAAUCGGUAGUAAACACUGUAGAGGAGCUUCAUGCUUGUUGGUGUACAUCUGCAAACUGAAUUUGCGAGCAUGAGGAAACUACUGUGUUCUAUCAGUAAUCGGAACCUGCAUGGAACAGUUCUGAAGUCACAGACGUGACCACCAUGAAGGGUGGAGGUAUGCAUGUUUGUUUUUGAAAGUGCGGUGUUCGAAAACAUUAUCCGGUUGGGAAACAGGGAUUCCACCACUUGUGAUGGAUCUCAAACUUAGGUUGACAUUCUGCCUAACUAUGAUAUGCCUCCUACAUGAGAGGUAAUUAGUUUCAGGGUAGCACUCAAUCCAGUAAAUGGAUGUUUGAGCCACAAAUGAGUCGAAGUCUGUGUAAAGCUGAACGCUGAGUCUGUUCACUAUGUUUGCACCAGUGACAACGACUGCAUGUUCCUAUAUCAGAAUUUGACUGUAACAGUGGUGAAUGUAUCGAAGCUGAUGUUUUUAUGUUCAAGGUGGUGGUGGUGGGAGUGAUUCGAUAGAUAAUAUUGUAAUGUGAACAUUGAUGUUUGCUUUCAAUAUUUCUUUUGUAGGGGAUGCGAUCAGGUGUCAUAUUUGUUCAGACUGCACAAAUAGCAUUGGAAGAAUUGAGUCUGGUUGUGGAGCGUGUGGGGAGAUAUGUAUAAACCUUGCACAUGCAUUCAGGUCUACUAACUGUUGGCAAACUCAGUCUACCAGUUUGAUGGCAGAUGGCCCCUUGAUUUUACCAGUACAACAGAAGAUACACAGUUAAAAUUAAUGAAAAGUGUGAAGUGUGACAUGUUUACGCAUACAUAUACCAACGAUCUGAUCACACACUCGUGUUUGAAAGAAAUCAUGUGAACAAUACCAACUGAAUACGAUCAAAAUAUCCAAUUAAAAUUUUGGAUCAUACAGAAGAAAAACUCAUUACAAUGUAACUUUGGAAAGGUUGUAUUCCUUUUGCACUGAUCCCGUGACAGUGAAAUCGUAACUGUGUAAACAGAAAUCAGUUUUUAAUUCUCUGUCCUCAUUUACCUAAAUUUGAAGCUUUUCAAUUCCUACAUCUAGCUAACUUUCUUAUUUUGCAUGAUGUCAUUGCUUACAUGUUUUCAGUUGAGUUAAAAAUUUCUCAUUCCCUUUCUUAUUUACAGUCAUCUACUCACUUCAACUGAAAAUUACUUAUUUACGUUGUCAUAUAUUUCCAGUUUUCUUACAUAUUUUAACUUAUAUUGUUCUCCUGGUGGAAAACUAAAAAAAAUUGUAGUUGACA